AUGGGGAUUUGUGAUAAGGUGCAAGUAGGCUUUGUGAGAAGGGCAGCUGUAGAGGAAACAUUGCGUUCCAUGGAAAAUAAAAUACAGGAAGCUAGAGCGAACCACCAGAAAUCAAUCGCACAUGGUGUAAACAACGAUUCCUAUUUCCAAGAUAAGGUGUGGGAACAAAUACAGGCUCAAUACGAGAGAGCUAAGAAGGCAGUAGAAGGAGAGACAGAAACUGUCCUAAAAAUGCAGGAACAGGAAAGACAACAAAAUAGCGCACAAAUGACGGAAGAUCUCAAACUGGAAGAGUUGGAGCCCGAACAGCCUCGGAGCUUAUCGGGCCAACAAUUUAAGAUCGUCCUAAAACAAAUGCAAGCAAUGCAGGAACAAAUGCAAGCAAUGCAAAAAUGUCAGGAGGAAAUACUAAGAUCAAGUAAAGAGCAAUCGAAUCAAUUACCGUCAACAUCCGAGAGGAAGGAAAAUGAAACAGAGACGAAUUUACGAGACAAAGCUAAACCACUCGAACAAGCAGAAAACCCAGAGCAAACAGAAACCAACAGAUAUCGGUUAACCUUAUCCCAAUACAGAAGGGAGAUUAAUAAGCACAAUGAAGCAGUUGAGGGCGAAUUGAUGGGAGUUAACAAAUACGCGCUGGAACACAUGAAGUCAUCACUGGAGAAACAAUUUGAUGAAAUUCAAAAACUAAAUUUAGAGCUCUCAAUGGUACAUGACAGGGAAGAUACAGAAACGGAUUUGGAAGAAAUCGAAGAAAAAUAUGAAGCAAGGAUGUACGAAAUUAUAAUGAGAAUGGGCGAAGUAAGAGAAGAAACGAUGCAAGUAGAAUUGAAACCAAUUCAGGUCCCAUGCUUCGGUGGAAAAGUCGAAGAAUGGAGUUCCUUCCAGAACCUAUUUAAAGAAAUGAUUGAUUGGAACUCCAAGCUAUCGGAGUUACAAAAGCUAUAUUACCUCAAAACGAAUUUAAGAGGAGAAGCGUUUCGUAUAGUACAACAUCUGCAAAUAACGGAAGCAAAUUAUAAAGCGGCCUGGGAACUGUUGGAGAAUUGA